CUUCGAACGCGCCGCGGCAGCCAUGUUGGACGUGGCCAGCACAGGGGCCGGCACCAGGGGGUUAUCCAAGCAGCUGUCACGAUGCUGGGGGCCCUGGUGUUAAGGAGAACAGCGCUGGCGCCGCGGCUCCUCCUCCAUCUGCUUAGGUCUCCAUCACUCGGGAGCCCCCGAGGUCCCUCCGGCCGGAGUGUGACCACCGGGGGCUGCGGGGAGCCGCAGUGGCUAAGGGCGGCCAUCGGGGGGCGUCCUGGAACAUCGCUGGCCUCGCUCACCCGAAGAGGGGCAGCCACCGGGGGGCGCCACGGAAGACGCACGGAGACCCAGUGCCUCGCAGCCGCCACAUGGGGACGCCUUCCUGGCCCCGAAGACACACUCCCCGGACAGAACUGCUGGAAUGGGGUCCCCACCAGAGGCAGACUGGGCAUGUGGGCCCUGGCCACGGCGCUGGUGGUUCACUGUUACAGCAAGAGCCCGUCCAACAAGGAUGCAGCCCUGAUGGAAGCUGCUCGAGCCAACAAUGUUCAAGAAGUCAGCAGGCUGUUGUCGGAAGGUGCAGAUGUCAACGCAAGGCACAAACUUGGCUGGACAGCACUUAUGGUGGCAGCCAUCAGCCGAAACGACAGUGUGGUGCAGGUCCUGCUUGCUGCUGGUGCUGACCCAAACCUUGGAGACAAUUUCAGCAGUGUUUACAAGACUGCCAAGGAGCAGGGAAUCCAUUCUUUGGAAGAUGGGGGACAGGACGGUGCAAGCUGGAGCAUCACAAACCAGUGGACAGGUGCCCUGGAAUUCAGGAGUUGGCUAAGAGUCCCCACUGGCGUUCUGGUCACCCGAGAAGAUGACUUCAACAACCGGCUGAACAACCGCGCCAGCUUCAAGGGCUGCACAGCCCUGCACUAUGCUGCUCUUGCGGACGACUACCGCACCGUCAAGGAGCUGCUUGAUGGAGGAGCCAACCCCCUACAGAGGAAUGAAAUGGGACACACACCCUUGGACUAUGCCCGAGAAGGGGAAGUGAUGAAGCUUCUAAGGACUUCUGAGGCCAAGUACCAGGAGAAGCAGCGGAAGCGUGAAGCUGAGGAGCGGCGCCGAUUCCCACUGGAGCAGCGGCUGAAGGAGCACAUCAUUGGCCAGGAGAGUGCCAUUGCCACAGUGGGUGCAGGAAAAACAGAGCUGGCCAAGCAGACAGCCAAAUACAUGCACAAAGAUGCCAAAAAGGGCUUCAUCAGGCUGGACAUGUCUGAGUUCCAGGAGCGGCAUGAGGUGGCCAAGUUUAUUGGGUCCCCACCAGGCUACAUCGGCCACGAGGAGGGUGGCCAGCUGACCAAGAAGCUGAAACAAUGCCCCAAUGCCGUGGUGCUCUUUGACGAGGUGGACAAGGCCCAUCCAGAUGUGCUUACCAUCAUGCUACAGCUGUUUGAUGAGGGCCGGCUGACAGAUGGAAAAGGGAAAACCAUCGACUGCAAGGACGCCAUCUUCAUUAUGACCUCCAAUGUGGCCAGUGAUGAGAUCGCACAGCACGCACUGCAGCUGAGGCAGGAAGCUUUGGAGAUGAGCCGUAACCGUAUCGCCGAGAACCUUGGGGAUGUCCAAAUUAGUGACAAGAUCACCAUAUCAAAGAAUUUCAAAGAGAACGUGAUUCGGCCCAUCCUGAAAGCUCACUUCCGGAGGGAUGAGUUUUUGGGACGAAUCAAUGAAAUCGUCUACUUCCUCCCCUUCUGCCACUCGGAGCUCAUCCAGCUAGUCAACAAGGAACUGAACUUCUGGGCCAAGAGAGCCAAGCAAAGGCACAAUAUCACACUGCUCUGGGACCGAGAGGUGGCAGACGUGUUGGUUGAUGGCUACAAUGUGCACUAUGGCGCCCGCUCCAUCAAGCAUGAGGUAGAACGCCGUGUGGUGAACCAGUUGGCAGCCGCCUAUGAACAGGACCUGCUGCCAGGGGGCUGUACUCUGCGUAUCACUGUGGAGGACUCAGACAAGCAGCUACUCAAGAGCCCUGAUCUGCCCUCACCCCAGGCUGAGAAGCGCUCACCCACACUGCGGUUGGAGAUCAUCGAUAAGGACAGCAAGACCCACAAACUGGACAUCCGGGCACCACUACACCCUGAGAAGGUGUGCCACACCCUCUAGCAUCUACCUACCUGCCUAGUGCCCUCAACGUCCAAUAAAGGCCCCUCAGCUGUGGCAUGACAACUGACCUACCUUCCCCUCAUACCUCCUACUCCUCUCCCCCCAGCCUCUUACCUCCUCACAGCCCCUGCAAGACCCCUCCCCUGCCCCCUUUGUUGUGGGUCCAAAGCUUGCUAACAGUCUCCAGGAGGAGCUGCCCCUGCACCUCCUUCAAGCAGAGAGGAGAGGAGGUCCCUUAUCUCUGUCCUUCAGCAUGAUCUCCAUGCCCCAUAGUCUCUGGAACUUGAUCGUGUUCUCUGGAAGCUCAGAGUAUGGCAGCUAAGAACAGAUCUGGCUGGAAGAAGACAGGGGCAGACUAUGACCUGCCACCCUCUGCUGGCCCUCAGAAUGUCUCCACAGAGCGUGGAGAAAGAGUACAGAGGCUCAGGCACAGAGGUUCUUCAGUUGAGGCUGUAACUACCUCUUUUCCAUGCCCUAAAAUUCCAAGGGAAAGGGACCCUUAGAACCCUUCCCCCUUCCACUGCCAUAUCAUAGCUACUGUUCCUUCUCACCCUGUGUUCUGGGGUCAGGCCAGACCAGGUUUUUCCAGCCUUGGAACUAGCCGAUGUAGAGCACUUCUAGGAGGAAGGCUGACUGGGUCACCACACUGGCCUGCUCUGGGACUCUAAUGCCAAAUGAUCCAAGUAAGCUCAACUCUCUGAGACCUCCUUCAGGAGACUAACAACAUAGACCCUAGGGAGCUCUAGGGGAAAAGCUAGAGAUCAUGGGGUCUGCCUCAGCCCUAUCUACACUGCUGUCCCAGCUAAGUUAGCCUGGAAUAAACAGCUCCCCCGUGCAGUCUGCAUGUUAGGCACUAAGCAGAAGGGCUGCAAACUGUCCCCUUUGUUUCAGCCUCAGCUUAGCGGAGCACAGCAAGGCCUGCUGUGUCCUUGGGCAUCAUCUGCGUCCCCAUUGGUGGUCACCCUCUCCCUGCAGGGCCGUUUGGAACCCUCCUUUGGUGUUAGCGCGUCUCUUUCAGGAAGCAGAAAAUGGGGGCAGGAAGCAAAGUCCCUCGUGUGAUGGAAGAAUGUCAUAACAAUAUGGUGGGUAGAAGACAGUCAUAAGCCAGGAUGUGAGCUCUAACAAUCAUUAUCUAGCCCCUCAAGGAGCUAUGUCUGCUGCUCCCUACCUCAGUGACUGCUGUCCUUUUUUUUUCCCUUCCUUAAAAUAUUUUUAGAAUUACAGAAAGUUGCAAAAAUAAUAGAAUUAAUGUAUAACCUUCACCUAGCUUCUCCUAAUAUUAAGAUCUUAUAAAACCAUGGUAUAAUUAUUAAAAUCAGGAAAUUAACAUUGAUACAGUUCUACUAACUAAUCUGUGGACAUUCAAAUUUUUCCAAUUCUGCUACUGAUGUUCUUUUUCUGGUUCAGGAUCUAAGGCAUGUUCAGGGUCCUGCCUUGCAUUUUGUUGUCAUGUUUCCUUCAUCUAUUUCGACCUAUGAUAGUUCCUCUGUCUUUCUUUGACUUUCAUGACCUUGACACUUUUGAAAUGUCCAGGUCAGUUAUUUUGAGGAAUGUCCCUCAAUUUGGUUAAUCUACUGUUUUCACAUGAUUAGAUUGAGGGUCUACAUUUUUGGCAAGACAAGGACCCCAGGAAGAGUGCGCCCUUCUCAGUGCCUUCCAGCAGGGGAUAAAGUUAACUUUGAUCACAUGGCUGAGGUGGUAUGCAUCAAGUUUCUCCACUGUAAAAUUACAGAUUCUCUUUUGAAAUUAGGAAGGGUGUUCUGAGGGGAUACUUUGAAGCCAUGCAAAUGCCUUAUUUACCCUUAGAAUUUUCCCUCCUGAUUUUAGCAUCCAUUGAUGUUUCUUAUUGUUUAAAUAUAUUUUUAUUGAUUUCAGAGAGGAAGGGAGAGGGAGAAAGAGAUAGAAACGUCAAUCAUGAGAGAGAAUCACUGAUCAGCUGCCUCCUGCAUGCCUUACACUGGGGAUUGAGCCCGCAACCCAAGCAUGUGCCCUGACCAGAAUCGAACUGUGACCUGGUUCAUGGGUCGACAUUCGGCCAUGCCAGCAGGGCCCAUCGAUGGUUCUUGCUUACAGCAAGUAUUAAUGUUCUAUUUGCCUAAUGAUGACUUCCUGUUUCCUUAUUAAUAUAUUUCCUUAUUAAUAUAUUUAUUAAUUGGCAUUCUACUAUAAGGAAGAGCUGUCUCUUUCCUCCCAUUUAUUCAAUAAUUUAUAACAGUAUAAACUAAUAGAUAUUUGUUUUUUUCUAUGGUUUAUAAUCUAAUACAAAGUUUCUUUUGUUGCUCUUUUAGGCCUAGAUUUGGCCAUUGAACUCUGUAAAGUUGGAUCCUGUGUUGUUUCAGCAUUGCCCCCAUCAUUUUUUUUUUUUUUUUUUUUUUUUUUAGCACUUCCUUACUUUCUGGCACCACAAGAUAUUUCAAGUUCACUCAUAUUUUUCUUGUCCCAGCCCUAACAUCAGCCAUUUCUCCAAGCAGCACCUGGUUCCUUUUAUUCGAGAAUGAUACUUAAAAACCAAGAUCUGGGCAUUAGGUGUAUUCAUUGCUACUGGAGUGUCGUCGCUUCUAGGCCCUUUCAGCACACAGAACUAUGAAAUAAAUGUAUGUAUGUUAACACAUGCAUCACACACAUCUGA